AAGCUCCACCAAAACGCCGGCAGAUUAUUCUCUCUCUACAACAAACUCAUCAACCUGUACUCUCAAUGUGGCCGUCAAAAUCUCGCCCACAAACUGUUCGACAAAAUGCCUGAAAGAGACGUCGUCUCUUUCAACACUCUAAUAUCCACUACUCUUCGCAUCAAUCGUGACCCAUCCAUCGGUUUCAGCCUCUACACUAGAUUACUGGACGAGGGUCUGAGACCCAAUUCCAUUACUUUCGCUUCUUUGCUUAGUAGUUCGAGUGUGUUGAGCAACGUGCAGCUUUUGGAGGAAAUGCAUUGCCAUUCGAUCAAAUUUGGGCUGAACUCAAAUGGGUUUGUGGGUUCUGCUUUUGUUAAUGGGUACGAGAGGUGUAGAGGGUUAAAGGAUGCUCUUUGUGCAUUUGAGGAGAUUGCAGAGAUAGACUCCGUUUCUUGGAACAUAAUGAUAGAUGCGUGUGCAAGAAGCGGGUGCAAAGAGAACGCAGUUAAGGUGUUUGCUAGAAUGCAAAGGGAAUGUAGUAAUAGAUUUGACUGCUUUACUUUGACGAGCGUGCUGAAGACGUGCGUCAAGAGAGAGGAUUUGGGUCUUGGGACGCAAUUGCAUUCAUGCGCACUGAAGGCCGGAUUGGAGUACGAGACUCCAGUUGGGAAUUCUCUCAUUACAAUGUAUUCUAGAUGCGAUGGAGAUAUGAAAUCAGCAGUUUUGGUGUUUCGGAGAAUUCUUGAGCCUAAUAUCAUUUCUUGGACAGCAGUUAUUGGUGGUUUGGCUCAGAAUGGUAUGGCAGAGGAAGCAGCAUCAUUGUAUAAAGAGAUGGUGACUCAAGGUGAAAUAGAAAACGAGUUCUUGUUCGCUAGUAUAUUGCCCGUGUUCAGUGCCCUGGUGAACCUUGAAUUGGGAAAGAUGGUCCAUGCUAGAAUUGCGAAAUCAACUGUUUCCUCAGAUGUGGAAGUGAGCAAUGCUCUUAUAGAUAUGUACUUCAAGUGUGGUGACUCUAAUGAUGCUAUGUUGGUUUUUGAUACCAUGAGUAACAUAGAUGUAGUUUCUUGGACAGUGAUGGUUUCCGGGCUCGGUCAGCAUGGGAAAGGGCGAGAAGCGGUGCAUGCCUUUGGUGAAAUGAGAAGGCUAGGAUUUAAGCCAGAUGAUGUCACGUUUCUUGCUGCACUAUCGGCAUGUAGCCAUUGUGGGCUUGUUGAAGAAGGGCUUGAUAUGUUUCGAUCUAUGGCUAAUGAAUAUAGCGUGAAGCCGAGGAGGGAGCAUUUUGCUUGUGUCGUCGAUUUGUUAGGUCGUUCUGGGAGGUUGAGAGAAGCUGAGAUGUUUGUUAAGGAGAUGAGGAUGGAACUUGAUUCGUCUGUGUGGGAAACACUUCUUGGUGCUUGUAGGAUACAUGGGGAGGUGGAGAUAGGAGAAAGAUCUGCGAAGAAAGUUAUGGAAUUGGAACCAGAAAGAGACGGACCUUAUGUGCAGUUAUCCAAUAUAUAUGCUGAUAAAAACUUGUGGGAGGAAAAGGGGAAGGUGAGAUGUAGAUUGGAUUCAAGUGGUCUCAGAAAGGAGACAGCCCGAAGCUGGUUUUGAUGUUUUUGAGGUUUGGUUCGUUAGCAAACGCAGCAGAAAAACUGACAACAGACAGAUCGAUGAUAAAAAGAACGAAAGACUGACAAACAAUCACAAACAUAGAGAUUUAACGAGGUUCACAAUCAAUGUGAUUAGCUAUGUCCUUGGACUACAGCGACAUCACAAUUCUACUAUUAAUGAAUAAAAGAUUACAAUCAAUCUCUCAAAUCCUAAUUUCACCUAUUUCUGACGCCCUUGGGAUCUCCAAAGUUGGGGUGCAUCCCGGGAACUGAUGAUGUGUAUUCACCAUGUAAAUCAGCGUCGUAUCCAACAGCAGUCUAACAUAGUUAACGAUGAAAACCAGCGACGUCGUACGAAUUUAUCAGCUUGUGCAGCUCAAAACUGAAAAAAAAAAAAUUCCAUUAGUUACCAAUAUCAUCUCUGAGUUGUAUUUGACGCACCGAGGGUAAGACUUUAUUCAGGAGUUCAACACUUUUAUGCAAUCUUGAUGGCGCGAAAUAGCAAUCAUGCACUUUCUGAUACUACCGUAUGAAUAUGAAUCUUUACAUAGUCAAUCCUUCAUCAUUUGAUAUUGGCCAUUUGGAUUAUGCAUUAGAGAACUUGAUGCUGAAA